CGGCCUUCGCAGCCCCAGCGAGACUCCAACCCCAGGCCAUGAACGCGAGCGGCGGGGGCGAGGGCUUCCCCGGCUCAGUCCAGUUUCCUGGUGGCACUACUGUCUUAGUGGAACUAACCCCAGAUAUUCACAUCUGUGGCAUUUGCAAGCAGCAAUUUAAUAACCUGGAUGCCUUUGUAGCCCAUAAGCAAAGUGGUUGUCAGCUGACCAGCACUACCCCCGGUGCUCCCAGCACAGUUCAGUUCGUGUCAGAGGAAACGGUGCCUGCUACCCAGACUCAGACCACCACAAGAACCAUCACUUCAGAGACCCAGACCAUCACAGUUUCAGCUCCAGAAUUUGUUUUUGAACAUGGUUACCAAACCUACCUGCCCUCAGACAGCAGUGAUACCCAGACGGCCACAGUCAUCUCCGUCCCUCCCAAGUCACGGUCUCGAAAGCCUACAGCCUCACCUGCACAGAAGAAACUUAAUUGUUGCUAUCCAGGUUGCCAGUUCAAGACAGCAUAUGGUAUGAAAGAUAUGGAACGUCAUUUAAGAACCCACACAGGAGACAAACCCCACAAGUGUGAGGUCUGUAGCAAGUGCUUCAGCCGGAAAGAUAAACUGAAGAUGCACAUGCGGUCACACACGGGCGUGAAGCCAUACAAGUGUAAGAGCUGUGACUACGCUGCAGCCGACAGCAGCAGCCUGAACAAACACCAGCGAAUACACUCCAACGAGCGUCCUUUCAAAUGCCAGAUCUGCCCAUAUGCCAGCAGGAACUCCAGCCAGCUGACCGUGCACCUCCGAUCCCACACUGGAGAUGCCCCCUUCCAGUGCCAGAUGUGCAGCGCCAAGUUCAAAAUCAACUCGGACCUGAAAAGACACCUGCGCGUGCACUCUGGGGAGAAGCCUUACAAGUGUGAGUUCUGCGAGGUCCGCUGUGCCAUGAAAGGCAACCUCAAGUCGCACAUCCGCAUCAAGCACAACACGGAGAACACCUUUAAGUGCGCCGAAUGUGACUUCCAGUGCGGGAACAAGACCAGCCUCCGCCACCACUCCCGGAGCCACCAGCCCGAGCAGCCCAUCAAGUGCCCCGAGUGCAGCUACUCGUGCGCGCACAAGGCCGCGCUCAAAGUCCACGAGCGCAUCCACUGCGAGGAGCGACCCUUCAAGUGCGACUUCUGCAGCUUCGACACCAAGCAGCGCAGCAACCUUACCACGCACGUGAGGAAGGUGCACGGCGACAAGGUCAAGAGCAAGAAACAGAGCCUGGAGAGAAAGGGAGGCGGGGAGGGAGAGGGCGCAGGAGGCGGCGGCGGGGACCGGCCCAAAGCUGGCAGCUCCCGCCAGGUGGCCAGGCUGGACGCCAAGAAGGCUUUUCAGUGUGACGCUUGCGAAGCCUCCUUCGUGCGCGAAGAUUCUCUCCGAAGCCACCGGAAACAACACAGUGAGUACAAUGGCAAUAAAAAUGCUGAUCUGGCUGUUUUGCAGCUUCAGAUGGAGCCCGGCCGCCAGGUAGGCACACCUCUCACGGUCAGUCCCCUCCAGGUGCCCCUCCAGCCAAGCCAGAUCCCCCAGUUCAGCGAAGGAAGGGUCAAGAUCAUCGUGGGCCACCAAGUGCCGCAGACAAAUGCCAUCGUCCAAGCAACGUCGGUGAACAUCGUGCCUCCGGCCCUAGUGGGUCAAGGUCAGGAAGACCUCCCGGCCAAUAACCGCCUGCAGAUUCUGCGCCAGGUCAGUCUGAUUGCCCCGUCUCAGCCAUCUGUGUGUCAGAGCGAGGCCGGGCCAAUCGGCCAGUCGGCAGUUCUGCUGACCGCUCACGAUCAGACUGAAGGGGCUGCUUUGCACCAGACUCUCAUCCCUGCCCCGUCCGGCAGUAAUCACGAAGGCCCAGCCAACCAGGCUUUCAUCACCAGCUCGGGCAUUAGCUGCUCCGACUUGGAGGGCCUCAACGCUUUGAUUCAGGAGGGGGCAACAGAAGUGACUGUGGUCAGUGACGGAGGCCAAAAUAUCACUGUAUCCACCACUGCCCCUCCUAUCUUUUCUUCUUCUUCCCACCAAGAACUGCCUAAACAGACUUAUUCCAUCAUUCAGGGUGGGGCCCACUCAGCUUUGCUCUGCCCGGCAGAUUCCAUACCGGAUUAACUUUUUUUAAAAAAUGUCUUCCCUUCAAAAGAAUUUCUUUCACCUGUUUAAAACACAUCAGUAGAAUUCUGUGAAGUUUUCUCAUGAUGAUUUGAGUACUUCCAGGUUGGCUCCUUGAAAAAUAAAUUAUAAUUUUAUGCUAUCAUAUAUGAUAAUUUUUUCACAUUGUCAAAACCUUGAGAGCAGAUCAUUUCUGAAAUGCCAUAUCAUACCCACUAUAUGCUCAAUGUUUCCACGAUGCUACUGAUUAGAGGAAGAAAAAUAAUUAAAGUGUUCCAAGCAAUA